AUGGCGUACACGUGCACAACAGGGUGGGCUGAUCUCCCGUUCGAUGUCCUGGACGGUGUCAUCGCGCGCCUCCCGUUCCCCGGCGACCGCGCCCGCUUCGCCGCCGUCUGCCGCGCAUGGCGCUCCGCCGCGCGCCAGCUCCCCAGCCACCUCCCGUGGAUCGUGUUCCCGAGCGGCACGUUCUGCACCGCCGCCCAGGGCGCAGCCUGCUUCUCGAUCCCCGGACUUCCCGAGGACGCGACCUGCCUCGGCGCCGCCCACGACAGCUGGCUCGCGAUCGACUGCACGGACGACGUCGUCCGGCGCACAACCAAUGUGGACAGAUGGUUGUGCAAGGACACGGGGGAGCUUCUCAUCUACGCCAGGCGCAACGUGAAGCACAAGCACACUUACCUCCUGCACAACCCCUUCAGCAGCGUCACCGUGCCGCUCCCCGAGCUAGACGCCGUCGCCGGCUACAUGGCCGAGACCUUCGACAUCCGUAAGAUGCUCAUGCGUUCGCCGGCUCCAGACGAUUUCAUUGCCGUCACGACCAACAACUGCAACUACAACAUUAUCUUAUGCCGUCGUGAAAAGGGUACGUGUGUGCUACCCUACUACAGGAUCAUUGAUGUCGUGUUCCUUAGAGACACGCUUUAUGGGAUCACCUCGGGCGAAGAACUCCUCGCCUUCCACCUCGGCGAGGAUGAGGAUGGGCGGCCUAAUGUUACCAGGAUCGAACUAGUCAUCAAGAACCCAUUGUCUAGGUAUUAUUACGGUGAAUUUCCAUGGUCCUGGCCUCAAGACGUAGUUGACACAAGUGACAAGGAGGUUGGUCAAGAUAACCAUAAUAAUGCUGGCGAAGAGGUGUCAGAUAGCAAUGAGGAGGACGAAGAUUUAGGCGAUGACGCAGAGGAACCUAACCAAGAAGAGAAUGACAACGGCGCCGAUGAGGGAUACCAAGAGGAGGAGGAGGAGGAUGAUGAUGAUGAGCUAGCAGACCAAGCAUUUGGAGGAUAUCUUUAA